CGGCGACGGCGGCGACGGCGGCCGCCGCCGCGGCCACCUUCGAGUCGGUCCCCACCCCGAGGAAGAUGGUCCUGCCGGCCGAGGCCGAGCGCCGGCGCCGGCUUGGCCUCUGCCCCCGGUGCGGGAAGCACCCCCCGAAUGAGCCAUGCCUGGUGCUGCUGUCGUAUGGUGGUGUGGUGCCGGUCCGGGUGCCCGGCCCCGAUGGCGAGCGCAUCCUCUACCGACUUACCGACAAGGAGCGCGCGCGCCGGUCGGUUCUCGGCCUGUGUCGGGUAUGCGGCACCCACCCCAAGGGCACCCCGUGCCGGGUGACUCCGCGCCGGCCGAAAAGCUCCUGAGAGGAUGGCAGCCACAGGGGGCGCCCGGGACCGGCGGCGGCGGUGGCGGUGGCGGUGGUGGCCGCGGCGGGCGAGGAGGAGCAGGGCGAGGCGGGGGCCAGCCUGCGGCACGAGGCGCGAGCACGCCGACAGCCGGCGUAGGCUGGCGUAGGCUGGCCAGUCCAAGCUGACAGCCUUUGUCGUACCUGCCUCCGUUCGCUCCUCUCUCUCGCUCUCUCCCCCUCCUUCUCUCCUCCUCUGCCAUUCUCGCCAUUCCCGCCAUCCUGCCCACGUCCUCGCUUCCCCUCCCUCUCCCUCCGGCCUUUCGCACUCCUCCAGGUGUUUGCCCUGUCCUUGUCCCUCCCUCCUCCCCUCUUCUCUUCCUCUCUCGCUCUCCCCCCUCCCCUCCUUGUGACCGGUGCAGUAACCGGGGCGCGUGCGCUUUCGAUUCCCUUGCCUUGCCGCACCCCUCCGCCCGCCCGGGUUCCCUAGAUAUAGACAUUUCCCUGAUUCUGC